AUUCUGCUCGAUCGAAACUCUGAUUUCAAAAGAAAGGAAAAAUUGAAUCCAAAUGAUAGGAUGGGCUGUCGGUGAGCAUGCAGCAGAGCACCAUAUGUAUCGCAUCACCUCUCCAACUUUCGCCGUGUCCCGCACCGUCGAGUUCAGUUGAAUCAUCAACAAUCACGGCGCCAGCUCACUCAAAAUGUCUCUUAACGAUGACCAGAACCCACCUCCGUACUAUGAUCCAGCUAACUCCUCUGAGACGCGAGAUAAAGAGGCCCUGCAGCGCCUGUACGGCCUGACGUUGCGCCCGGAGCUCGUCGUCAAGCCCGACCCGAUCACGAUGUACCUGGGGUUUGGCGGCCAUCGGCUGUGGUCGAGCAUCUUCAUUGCCUCAUUGAACAACCGGAUGACGAACAUUUCGACUAUUGUCCAGCGCCCCGUGUCGCAGGAGGAGUUGGACGCCGUCACGGAACAUGUCAGUCGGUCGGUGUAUGGGCAGCGGAUCGGACUGCCCCUCGGGCUGGCUAUGGGCUCUCUGCACACGUACGCCAAUCUGGCGGCGCUCAAGCAGACGGGGGCCAAGUGGCCCUCGUUCUCGGGGGUGAUGUCAUUUGCAAACAUGCGCCUGCGCACGGAGCCGCGCACAUUGCUAUUCAGCUACGGUUUCAGGCUGCUCUUCUGGACGACAGUUGGGUGGACGGGUACCGGUGCUUACGCAACGCUGCGCGAGACGCAGGCAACGAUUGUCGAUCCGCGGAUGAGAGGGUUUGUCGACGAGCUUAGACACAUGAAGCCCGAGGAGCUUCGCCGACGCAAAUUGGAGGCUGCCCAGAAUCGGACGCGCCGCGCGCGCCAGCCCAGUGACGUACAGGAGGAGGACCACACCCACGGCGUGUUGGCUGAGAGCCACGAGGAACACAACAACAGAGACUACUCCUAUCCUUACUCCGCCGACACCGAUGACAAGGUCUCAUCUCGUCCGUCGCCAGACCAGCCUCGUUCCAUGCCUGACCGAAGCAACACCCGCCUCUGGGGUAACGAGGCCACCGCGCCAGCCCCAUCGCUGUCCUCCUCCUCCUCCCGCGACGCGAUGGAUUUCUUCGACGACGCAAGCCCUACAAACCCAGAGUACAGAGACGAUGGUCCCGGUACCUCCUACGGGGGUAGUGCCUGGGACCGAAUCCGCCAGCAGAACAUGGCAACGUCUGGCCGAGCUGAACAUUUCCGAUCGCCUCAAGACUGGCAGCAACAAGAGCCGCAGCAGCCUGAGAGCCCGCGGGAUAAGCAACGCGAACGCGAACAGGCCCAGGCGGAUUUCGACCGGGUGCUCGAGGCAGAGAGGAACAUCGGUGACCCAUCGGGCAGAGGGGGGUCAAAUAGAGGCUGGGGGAGCUAAAAAAAAUUGGCACCGAUUCAUUGGAGAGAAAAAAUUCAACAUCUAUCCAGUGUAUCCAAUGUAUCCAUUCAAUGUAUCAAUAGUACUGCAAUAUAUCAGCUGGUAUGGGGCACUUUUCCACCAACUCUCUGUAAUACAGUCUUCUACCAAGAUUUACAUUUAAGCAAGUUUGUAUCGAUCAAGUCUCAAUCCAGUUAUUAGAACA